AUUAUUUCGAGAAAACGGAGGUCAAAGUUCAUCAAAAUUGAUUGCUACCUUUGACCUUUAAAAAACUAUCAUAACUUUCUAGCUAGUUGCUUUUGACUGUUCAUAUUGCAGCUGGAGCUUCUUCUUUGAUCUAUGCAGAGAACAAAUUGUAAAACACUUCUUCUGUAAGGUUACUACAUUAAUUAAUUAAUUCGCUGUACGGAGGAAAAUGAGCCAGAGACAAGUUGUACAAGUGUUCGAGACCUAUCAGAAGGCCAGGGCACAGUUUGUGCAGACCGUGUCUGAGCUGGCGUCACGGCCACAGAACAUCGAGAGCCUACAGAAUAAUGGAGUGAUGCAACUAUUGAGACCACUGCUAUUGGACAUUGUUCCUACUGUCCAGCAGACUGCAGCCCUGGCUCUAGGACGUCUAGCCAACUACAAUGAUGAUCUAGCUGAGGCAGUAGUGAAGGGAGACAUACUGCCCCAGCUGGUCUACUCCCUAGCUGAGCAGAAUCGCUUCUACAAGAAGGCAGCCUCAUUUGUGUUGAGAGCUGUAGCCAAGCAUUCCCCUGAGCUGGCACAGAAUGUGGUUGAGUGUGGGGCUCUGGAUGCUCUCGUUAUCUGUCUAGAAGAGUUUGAUCCUGGAGUUAAAGAGUCGGCAGCUUGGGCUCUCGGCUACAUAGCCAGGCACAAUGGAGAGUUGUCUCAAGCAGUGGUGGAUGCUGGUGCUGUUCCUUUGCUAGUCCUGUGCAUUCAAGAGCCUGAGAUCGCUCUCAAGAGGAUAUCUGCUUCAGCGCUCAGUGAUAUUGCUAAGCAUUCACCAGAACUGGCCCAGACGGUGGUGGAUGCUGGGGCUAUAGCUCAUCUAGCUGCACUUAUAGGGAACAAGGACUCUAAGCUCAAGCGACAAGUGUACAGUGCUCUGAGUCAGAUCUCCAAGCACAGUGUUGAGUUGGCAGAGUUGGUGGUGGAGGCUGAAGUGUUUCCUGCUCUCCUGUCCAGUCUAAGAGACCCCGAUGAUUAUGUGCAGAAGAAUGUGGCUACUCUUAUCCGGGAGAUUGCUAAACACACACCAGAGCUUGCCCAGUUGAUAGUGAAUGCUGGUGGAGUGGCUGCAGUCAUUGACUAUAUUGGGGACAGCAAGGGGAACGUGAGACUGCCUGGAAUCAUGAUGCUUGGAUAUGUGGCAGCACACUCUGAGAACCUCGCUAUGGCAGUCAUCGUCUCAAAGGGUGUUGUCCAGUUAGCGAUUGCCCUCUCAGAGGAGACGGAGGAGCACAUACAGGCAGCCACUGCCUGGGCCCUCGGUCAGAUAGGUCGGCACACUCCAGAACAUGCCAAGGCACUGGCACAGGCUAACGUCCUACCCAGACUGUUGGACCUCUACCUCGCAUCAGACAAUGCUCAGGACUUGCAAUCUAAGGCUAAGAGGUCUCUGAAGAAUAUUCUGAGUCGCUGUGUGCACCUCCCUGCUCUGGAGCCCCUCUUACAUGAUGCUCCUCCCAAUAUCCUCAAACACGUCGUUGGUCAGUUCUCAAAGGUCCUGCCCAACGAUCCUAAAGCUAGGAGACUCUUUGUCACCUCCGGAGGUCUUAAGAAGAUUCAGGAGAUCCAUGCUGAGCCAGGUACUAUACUGGCAGAGUACAUACGGACCAUCAAUAGUUGCUACCCAGAGGAGAUUGUCAGGUACUACUCUCCUGGCUACUCAGAUAAACUACUGGAGAGAGUUGAACAGUACAAACCAAGUGUAUAGCUAUCACCACAAUAGAGACACUUUGAACUUAUUGCCAUAGUUAUUAUGCAGCAGUGCUUUUUGUGAAACAUCCACUUGACUGGUACUACGUGUUGUUAACCACUAAUUUGUAUUGACAUUGCCUCAACUAUUGUGAGCAUUAUC